AAGUCUCGUGACGUGGGUAAAAACCCGGAUGCAGAAUGUCAGCCUGGUGACGAGACGCGUUAAAACGGGGCUACAGUAAAAGAUGUAGCUCGUCGUUAGCUAACGAUGUGACGGACCUCACGAGCGGGUUUAGUAACUUUCAUUGUUUUAACACGACGUCUGAAUUAUUAAAAUUGUUAAACAUCAAACCGAAUCCUCGGUUUGGCGAGAACAGCGGCGUUUUUUUUAAUUCAUGGACAAAGAGAAGUGCAGCGACACUGUACCAUGAUCAGUGCUCCUGGAUGGACGUGCAUCAGUUCAUUGGUGAUCUUAUCACAUCUGGAAGCACCCUGAAGGAUCAGCCAGAUGUGCUGAACGCAACAUGGGGCAUGGCCGCCGCCGCCGCCGCCGUGGGGUUCAAGGGUUUGCUCGAACCUCUCCCGCAGCCCCCGCCUCGGCCGGCUCCGGACAGCAGAGAGGCCGAGGCCGGCCGACAGGUCCAGCCUGGGGCAGCGCAGAGGAAGGGAGGGACCAGAGAUCGAGGACGAGAUGGGCACCACGCCUGCACGUGCCCCGGUUGCCCCUCCUCCACCUCCCCACCCUCCCUUGAGGCUCUAAAGCCCAGACAACCUUUGUCCUCGCCACCAAACUCAAAUGCAGGAUCCCAAAGCAAGGAGCCGAACGAUGCGAGCAGCGCCGCCGCAUCUGAGCCGAAGAGCCGGCCGCCGCGGCAGGACCCGGACCGGGUGAGUCAGAGCCCAGAGCAGACCCCGGAAUCCCCCCUGCCCACCGCGGCCUCGGGGCCUUUGUCCCAUCUCUCAGCGCUUCCCUGCUUGUGCUGCCACCGCACUCAGAUUCUGAGUCAACACGAAGCCACAGACUCCCCAUUGUCACGGGCUCAUCAUCACCACUUUCAUCACCACCACUGCCCUAUAGCGUCCUGUUUUCCGUGCCCUCAGCUCGCCCCGUCCCACCCGUCGCAGCUCUCUGGUACGUUACCCUGCCUGUCCUGCCAGCACUCUGUUCCCACCUGUGCCCAGGUCUGCCACCACCAGCACAGAGCAGCACAUCAAGAAGCUGGGAGAGUCAGGACAGCGUCUACCACAUUGUCACUGCAUCCCUGCAUGCACUGUGCUGCCUCGUUCUCCAGACCGUCUCAGCUGCUGCAGCACCAGCGCUCCGAGCACGCACACAAACCAUCCGGGUUCCUCUGCACGGAGUGCGGCCGGGCCUUCAACUCACACAGCAACCUUCGCAUCCACUUCAACGUGCACACUGGUGCCCGGCCCUACACCUGCUCUGACUGUGGGAAGAGCUUUAGCCAGUCGGGGGCUCUGAAGAUCCACCGGCGGAUCCACACGGGUGAGAGACCGUAUUCCUGUGGCUUCUGUGGCAGAGGCUUUCCCCACCUCGCGGGGGUCCGGGCCCACCAGAGGACGCACACGGGGGAGAAGCCAUACCGCUGCAACCAGUGUGGGAAGUGUUUCACCCAGUCUGGAGCUCUGAAGAUCCACACCCGCAUCCACACAGGAGAAAGACCCUUCAUCUGUAGCCUCUGUGGCAAAGGCUUUUCCAACCGUUCCGGGAUCCGCUUCCACUAUCGCACAGUCCAUGGACUGGCUGCUGACCAUGCCGUAGACAGUGGAAUCAGAGAUGCAUGUCAAGCACCAGCAGGUCGUGGCUACUCACCUGGGCGUCCGAGGAAUUUUCCAUCUGCCAACAUUGGCCUAAUUACACCUAAUAGCCCCGAUAACAACUCCCACGCCGCUUCAAAUUCCAGAGAUUCCCCUGCGCCGACAGCUGCUCAGGUGGAGGGUGCAAAACCGGGUGGAAACAAAGAGGGGCUGCCCUACGCUUGUGAGGACUGUGGGCUGCGUUUUAAAGAUGCCCCGUCCAGGAAUAGACACCAGACUCUCAUGCACUACUCCUCAGAGGUGAGAGAGGAUGAGGAGGGGGGGCCAAAGGAGAGGUUAAACACGACAGAGGGGGUCCAGAGUAACAGCAGGUUCUGAAUUAAUGCUGCUAAAGAGAAAAGGCUGAUCACAAAAGCACAUCAGUAGAUUAAAUAACAGUUAAUUGUGUAAGUAGAUAUAAAACAGAAAGCCCAACUCAAGCAAGUGUUUUUAAUUGAUUUGAUGAAAGUUCCUACUUUGAUAAUGUUGUUGUUUAAUGUGCCUUAAUGAGCAGUGAUGGAUGAGGUGUUCGUGAUCUAAUGGACAGACACUCAUGCUGUACCCUUAGUAUCCAAAAUGCCUUAAAAUAGGAGAAAGUACAAUGUUCUGUCCUAAAUACAAAUCAUUUUUUAUUGUAUUCUUUAAGAUGAUCAACCUCAGCUAAUUGUACAUUUGAUUUUUUAUCAUGUCAUCAAGGUUUGUCUAAGACUAUUUCCCAAAGACAUCCCAGUGGAUAGUCCAACAGCUGCCAACAUGGUUUAGUGGUAAAGUGUAAGGGUACUGCAGUAGACUGACUCACAGAACCACUUGGGGAUUUUGUGCUUUUUGUAUUGUAACUAUAGUCCAAUCAUUUAUCAACCAACCAGCACUUGUUUCUUGUUCAAGAAGAUGACAUGUCUGUGGAACAAGAUACUUCAAACGCAUUGUUGCACCGUUUCAAGGACGCCCUCUGGUGGUUGCACAUAUUCAUAGCCUCAAUCUUUACCACUUUAUUACAGUGUGCAAUUUAUAGUGCUCGUUUCCUUUUCUCUGUUUUUACAAAAUAAUGAAAUUCUACAUUGUUAAUAAAAUGAUUUGUGAAAACAAGUAACAUACAGUACAGAACAGUAACAUGUUGAAACUUUUGUAUUAACUUGUUAAAUAGACUGACGCACACAUUUCUGUAUGUGUUUUCUGAAAGUGCAACUUGUAAUUAAAUGUUACAAUAAUAAACAGUAUUGCCGAGACACAGAUAAA